AUGGUUCCUACCGCCCCAAAGAGAGCAGCUGUAGCAGGCUCAAGCCGCAAACGUUCCCACGAUGAGAUGGAACCCAAAGUUACAGACCGGGUCCCAUAUCCUACACCAUCGACUCAUGAGAACGACGACCUCUGUUCUCUAAACUCUGAUGAAGAUGAAUCGCAGCUGGAGAAAGAGGACGACUUGGUCUCUGCUGUUGAAGGACAGGAUGUAGAUCAAGACACGAGAGAUACGGUGGACAAUCAACAUCAUUCUACCUCAUCAGCCCAAUCCACACUCAUCUCACCACCCGAAUCAUUCCAAUCUACAGAUGGCAGCUCAAUGCCUGUCCAAACCAAACCCCUUCUGAUUUCUCGAGGUGUUCAGACGGAUGAUUCAAGUUUCUUCUCCGUGAUCACACCUACCGUCAACUUGAACCGGAAUACACAACCGACCAGGACCAAGAAGUCAAGAAUAUCCACAUCGACUACAACACCUGCUAGACCUAGGGCAAGACCGGGGCUGACCAAAGAGAAGCAAGCCGACGUGUCGAGAACACAAGAUGUACCAGCUGCUUCCGUGGACAUGGCUUCAGAACAAGUAGAGGAGGUGAUGGCAGAAGAAGGGGCCUCGCCAUCAGCCCAGAACGAUCACAUGUCGACAUUAGAGGAUGUACCAGCCCACAACGAUCCACAUGAUGCACCUGGAGCUUCAUUAAUAGCAAAAGAUUCAACCGAGCCCACUCCGAGAAGGACGAAGAAGCGUAAGCAUACCAUCCCAGCAGCCGAUCGAAAUCCAAUGAAAGAACCAGCUCUCCUCCUUCCUCACGGCCUCCAACCCGUCGAGACCGCCGUCGACAACCACUGGGUCUAUCUGUUCUUCAGGUUCUGUGCAGAGAGGCACAAGAUGUAUAAUCGUAGACUGGCAGGUGUACCGAGGGAUCAGUUGACGGAAGAUGAGACGAUGUCAAAGGUACAUAUUGGGAAUGUGUAUAGACAGUUGGAUCCUAGUUCGAGGAAUAUUAGAGAGAAUAUCAUUGGGAAGGGGGAUCAGAGUCCUCAAGAGGUUUGCUUCCGCCUAUUCCUCUACUGCAUGUUCUACAACGAAUCCACCUGGAAUGAACUCUGCUCAGUCUCCACUGGGGGUCUACCGACAUGGCAGCACUACGUCACCGACCUACCAGCUUACGAAGGGGUACUGUAUCGUCUGUCAACAGUAGAGAAGAAGAAAAUCUAUUACGGAGGUUUCCAACUGGUCCCGCCUACAAUCUACUUUACCGAUAAUCGAAAUCGCAACAAGGAUAUGCCCCAUUUCGCAGCCAGUCUGAGAUUAGUCUUAGCAAUCAUGUUGACCUCUCUUCCUACCAAGUUACUGGAAUGUUCCUAUGCUGUAGAUGCAAGUUACCUACUACAGACUAUACCGACUUUCGGCGGAUUCUUGUCGUUGAAUAUCUUGUGUUACCUGAACGAUACCUCAAAUUAUACAUGGUAUUAUCGGAAUUUCGCCACCUGUGGACCUGGACCGCGAUCCUAUCUUGGAAGGAUGUUCGGUGGUAAAUCGGUAAUCAACAGUCUACCAAUGGAAGAAGCUGGAUUGAUAUGGUUAUAUGAGCACCAAUGGAAAUACUGGGCAAGGAUAGGUGAAGACCCUCCACAUGCUGAAGAAUUGGGUUUGAGACCAGGUAUGAGGGUGUUGGAUAUUGAGAAUGCGUUAUGUUGGUGUCAUCGGUACGUCAAUGCGUAUGAAAAGAAAGGGUACGGAAAUUUCUCUCAGAUGCGUAAUCCGACUUAUGAUAAAGAAAUGACGGAUAAUACACACGAACCUCAUUGGUGUAUAGAGGAGAAAUGGUUGAAGUCGACGAGUAAGGUGAUUUAUAAGGAUGAUUUGGAUGAAAUUUCAAGAAAGUUGGGUCAUGUUGUGGUGGAAGGCAAAGAGGAUGAGGAGAAUGUAUAUGAGGUGGAGAAGAUAAUCACGAGGAGGCAAGGGACGAAGUUGAAGGAUGGUUGGUUCAGAGUCAGGUGGAAGGGAUAUACGCCAGAGGAAGAUACUUGGGAGAAGCAGAGUUCGAUAAAACAGGGUGCAGAGGAGUCCUUACAAGAUUGGUUAGGAUGGGAGAAGAAAGUGUGGGAUUGUAUCGAGAAGGUGAAGAAGGAGUACCCAUAUAUCAAACCGUCCACCGCCAAAGACGGGGAGGAUAUCAAACCUGAAAUGGACGAUGAGUUAAAUUUCGCGAGUGGAGAUGAUGGGAUCGAGGCUGUGAACGAUAAUCAACCACCCAUGAAGAUGCCAAGACUGGUCAAGAUGGAACAGGAGAUAUGA